CCGCCACUUAGCACGAUCAGUCUUUACAAACAUAUCAAUCCUUUCACAUUUUGUCAUUUAGCACGGAGAAAUAUGAAAGAUCACCAUGAUGUUAAAAAUAAUACUGUUUGCUACAACGUUAGGAUUUAUUUCCACAUACAUGUACGAAGAACCUUUCGGUAAACCUAUAAUUAAUAUCAACAACUGCUGUGCUACCCAAGCAAUAAAUAACCAUUGUGAAACAGACAAACAGACACUUGCCAUUAACAUUUCAAAGAUUUUAAACGAAUAUAAUCAAAGAAUAGAAAAACUAUUUCAAUCACUGGGUACCGAAUCUAGAAUUCGAGAUUGUCAGGAUAUUAAGCAUGUUGGACACAAGACCACAGGUGUUUAUACGAUAUAUCCCGACGGAACUAUGGGAUUUCCUGUGAGAUGUGACAUGGAUACAGUCGACGGCGGAUGGACUGUUAUACAAAGAAGAGUGUCAAACAGUGACUUUUAUAAGACUUGGAACGAUUAUCAGAUUGGGUUUGGAAAUCUAAGCAACAACUUUUGGUUAGGAAAUCAGCAGAUACAUACACUUACUUCACAAGGAUGGUACGAAUUGCGUGUCGAUCUUAAAAGUGUGGACGAUAUGACUGCAUAUGCGGCAUAUAAUGUAUUUGCGGUCGGCAGUGUUGAUUCCGGAUACAAGCUCACUGUCGAUGGUUACAGUGGAAACGCUGGGGACAGUCUAGCACAUCAUAAUGGCCGACCAUUUUCUACAAAAGAUCGGGAUAAUGAUAAUUACAGCGGACACUGUGCACAGGCAUAUACUGGGGCUUGGUGGUAUGGAAAGUGUCAUGAUUCCAAUUUAAAUGGAAAGUAUGGUGCUACAGCGGCAAAAGGUCCAGUCUGGGAGACAUUUAAAGGAAAUGAAGGCCCGUUGAAAAUAACCGAAAUGAAAAUCAGACGUUGGGUUUCAAAGAGGAGGAAUUCUUACACGCCUCAGUGACCAAUAAACUAUUCAUAAAUUAAAAGAAAGAAGUACAAGUAAAAUUGUUACAACUUACAUGUACAAAAGUAGAAUAUAUAUAAAUCGGCAAAAACAACGUUAUGUGAAUGUAUAUUGGUUGAUUAUUCAUGAUGCUCCUAACAGGAUUCUACACUAUCAUUACUUCCAAUUUGUCAGUAUCUCGAUUGUGUAAGCUCAUUUUUGCCAGACAUAUACUAACAAUAGUUUAAUGAUAUUCUUGACCAUUUACAAAUGAAGUAGAAAACACUUCUUUACUCACCUAAUACUUCCUGGUCCAUAUUUAGGACAUGUAGUGAACACCAUCGAACUGUUUAACCAAUCAUGUCUUGUUUGCAUUACCAACUCUUCCUCCUUGUCAAACAUACCAGGAAGAAGAUCAGGAAGAAAAUCUAUGGUCAUAUUUAUUAGACGUAUAUAGCAAGACCAUUUUUUUGGUCAGACCUUUCUUUUUCCUAAACAAUCAGACAAAUCCACCAGAACUUAAUCUUCUGUUUACAUUUUAAGAUACUAAUACCCUUCAAGGCUUAUAGACUUUAUUACAUAAAGCAGCAUAUUAAAUUUGUGUUUAUCUGCAUUUUUAUGACCUUUUAUUAUGGGAUAUCACAUAUAUGUAUACAUCAUAAAAGAAUUACUAAAAUGGUUUGAAUUAUUAUUUAUCGAAAGGGCCAAUCGCGUUUCAAGGUGAAAUACAUUUUAAAGAAGAAGUCCAAAAUUUCUCCACGAACAAGUAAUUUGUUACAACUUUACGCUUGGACAAAAGAACAGUCUUUAUUUCUUUAAAAUAAAAACAUUUUAUAUCACUUGUAUUGCUGAGAUGAUAAUCCUGUCUAUACAGUAUAUAAUAUUUUUUUAGAUAAACAGGACUUAUUUACCUUUCUGUCUUUAACAAUGUCAUGAUUUUAUUCUUCUUU